AAAGAUGCACACAGAAGUAAACCCUUCCCAAUGGAUUGGGAGCUGGUGAGAAGCCCAACAAAAACAUAAUCGAAAGCCCGACCCCGUCCUCGCUCAUCAGAACUCAGAAUUCAGAUAAUAACGAUAGAACUCAAAACUGUUCCCUUCUACCAAGUAGAAAAAUGGCAACAGUCUCAGUAUUCUCAACUCCUCUACGUCUUAUCUCCAAAACCCCUUUCCACCCUCCUGAAAACCUCUCUUUUCAUCCAAACUCUAUCCAUUUGCAGACCAAAGUCAGCACUUUUUCUUUCAACAACUUAACUUUAUCCUUCAAGGAGGGCAAAAAUCUACAUGGGUUUUGGAAGCUGAAGUCUGCCGAAGAAGAAGAAACAGCUGUUCCUGAACAAGAACAACAACAAGAAGAAACAGCUUCGGCUGAACAACAAGAGUCCGUUUCUGUCCCUGUCUCUCCUUCAGACACUCUCAGAAUGUACUUCCAGGCAGAUGGAACAUUGAAUGAAGUUGAAAUUCCAAAAGUGACCAAGGCGUUAGAGGCAGCUGAAGGCAUUUCCAACUUGAAGGUUCAAGUCCUUGAGGGUAUUGGUACUGUUGAGUUAACAAAACAGACAACAGUUCAAGCAACAGGAGUGGCUUCCAGUUUGGUUGAGAUCAUACAGGGUGCAGGCUUCAACUUACAAACAUUGAAUUUGAGUUUUGAUGAUGAAGAGGAUAUUCCUGUUUAGAUCUUUUAUUUAGAUUUUAAAACUCACAAAAGAGAAGAAAUUGUAUCUUGGAA